AGGAAAAUCACCUGGCUACUGAAAACUGUUUUUCGUGUCGAGUUUAGCCAGCUGUCAUUUGUGCUCUCUGUUUUACUAUUAAUGUUUCAAAUGUAUUCUUGACCUUUCAGUUAAUAAAAAUCGGAGAAAAAAUAUUUUAACAUGCCCAAAGGAGGUAAAAAAGGUGGUCACAAGGGCCGUGCACGAAUGUACACCAGCCCUGAGGAGAUAGAUGCUCAGAUGAAGGCAGAGAAGGAAAGGAAACAGCAAGAGCAGGAGGAAGGUGACGGGGCAGCUCAGAAUGACUUGGCAGAAGACAAGCUUCCAGGAUCGGGAUCAGAAGACAGUGACGAUGAAUCUUCUGAGAGAAAAAGAGCUGGUGUAGAGGGCUUGAUAGAGAUUGAGAACCCCAACAGAGUGUCUCAGAAAUCCAAGAAGGUGACACAGAUUGAACUGGAGGAACCAAAGCAGUUAUCUAGAAGAGAAAGAGAAGAGAUUGAAAAGCAGAAAGCAAAAGAACGCUACAUGAAGAUGCACUUGGCUGGUAAAACAGACCAGGCAAAGGCAGACCUUGCUCGUCUUGCAAUUAUUAGAAAACAAAGAGAGGAGGCAGCAAGAAAAAAAGAACAGGAGAAAAAAGCCAAAGAGGCAGCAGCAGCAGCAAGAGGAAUUGACUCACUUUCACUGAAAUAAGAGGUGCAUUCAAAGUAUAAAGGACUGGUCUAAAAUAACACAUUAGCAUUUAAAACAAAAGUUAACGAUGAAGAGUAUUUCACAAUACAGUAUAUUGUGAUUUGUGAACUGUGUGCAACACAAUUAUACAUAUUGUAAUAUUGGCCACAUCAUGGUUUUCAACAUCAAUACUGAGAACAUGUUGUUUUUCCUGUUCACUUGGAAACACAAUGAAAAUGUACAUGAUUGUAUCAAUAAUGGUAUACUGCUCUUUACCUGUAUAUCUUAACUAAUUUGCUUAUUUUACCAUGUUUUUGAAGUAUCAAUAACUAUUUUAUUAAUGAGAAAAUUCUGAUUUGUCAGAAUUGUCUCAAUAUUUAUUUUUGGUUUUAUUUACCAGUGACCUGGCUUUUGAAUUCACAGCUGUGUAUAAGGUAUGACUGGAGAUACAGAAUGUACAAAUAAAAUUACAUCUAAUUUUGGAA